AUGGAGGCUCAUAUGGUUAUGGAGGUUUGUGUGGUUAUGGUGGUGGAUACGGGGGUGGCUAUGGGGGCUUAUGCAGGUUUACAACCAUCACAAAAGAUGUCUGACCUGUGUUGCCGACCCAGCCCGUGUUAUCCUGACAUAUGCCCAGAUCCAACUCUCUCUACUUACCCUCAACACACCAUAGUGGGAAGCACCUUGCCAGCUCUACCCUAUGGAGCCUGGGGCUCAUUUGUGGGUGAUGUUUCGUGUGGCUCAACUGGUUAUGGUGGUGGAUACGGGGGUGGCUAUGAGGGUCGUUUUGGAGGCUUAUAUGGCUUUGGGGGCUCUAGAGGUUAUGGAGGCUCAUAUGGUUAUGGGGGCUCAUGUGGUUAUGGUGGUAGAUACGGGGGUGGUUAUGGUGGUAGAUACGGGGGUGGUUAUGGUGGUGGAUACGGGGGUGGCUAUGGGGGCUUAUGCGGGUAUGGGAAGAGAUAUGGUUUACGACCAUCACAAAAGAUGUCUGACCUGUGUUGCCGACCCAGCCCGUGUUAUCCUGACAUAUGCCCAGAUCCAUGUGUGGUUGCCCGCAAUGAGCCUUGUAUCACCUCAUGUGGAGAUUCGACAGCAGUGGUCUAUCCACCACCGGUUUCGGUGCUAUUCCCAGGACCAACUCUCUCUACUUCCCCUCAACACACCAUAGUGGGAAGCACCUUGCCAGCUCUGCCCUAUGGAGCUGGGGGCUCAUUUGCGGGUGGUGUUUUGGGUGGCUCAACUGGUUAUGGUGGUGGAUACGGGGGUGGCUAUGGGGGUCGUUUAGGAGGCUUAUAUGGCUAUGGGGGCUUAAGCGGUUAUGGAGGCUCAUAUGGUUAUGGGGGCUUAUGUAGUUAUGGAGGCUUAUAUGGCUAUGGAGGCUUAUGUGGUUAUGGUGGUGGAUACGGGGGUGGCUAUGGGGGCUUAUGCGGGUAUGGGAAGAGAUAUGGUAGGAGUUAUUCUUCCCGCCUUGGAAGCUGUGGCCCAUGUUAA